CACAUAGUUGCUUCCCUAUAUUCCUUCGGACAGUGUUGAACGGUUUCAGUGGUGCCACCUCCUCUGCUCGCGAGGCUACUCCUCGAUUUUCGAUUCCCGUAUCGUGAAAAGAAGACCAUCCCUUCAGGCAGCAGCAGCAGCAACACCCUCGAUUCUGUCAGUGUGCAAGCAAAUGCAAACGGUGCCGUAGCGAAAGUGCAACUAAAUUGGAAUUAGACAUUCCGAGUUAUUGUGUGGUUUUAAUCAGAAGUGGUGCUACUCUUGGAAAACCAGCACCACCUCACUUCGUGCGUCACGUCGAGUGAUUUUGCGUAUUGAGGCGCCAUCAAACAACGCGUCCCAGCACAACCAUCCUAUAGCACGUGAACCGUCGGAGGUCUAAUCUGCAUUUUGUCCGCAUUCGCUCAGGAAUUUUCCACCAGGAAAAGCGCUCGAAGCAAAGAUGGCCGGCGGUGGUGAUCCCAAAUGGCAGAAAGAUGCAUCCGAUCAGAACUUUGACUACAUGUUCAAACUGCUGAUCAUCGGUAACUCGAGCGUUGGCAAAACGAGCUUUCUGUUCCGCUACGCCGAUGAUUCCUUUACGUCUGCGUUCGUGUCCACGGUAGGCAUCGACUUUAAAGUGAAGACCGUGUUCCGCCAUGAUAAGCGGGUGAAGCUACAGAUUUGGGACACCGCUGGGCAGGAGAGAUAUCGCACAAUCACGACGGCAUAUUACCGAGGAGCGAUGGGUUUCAUUCUGAUGUACGAUAUUACGAAUGAGGAAAGCUUCAACUCUGUGCAAGAUUGGGUUACACAGAUUAAAACCUAUUCCUGGGACAACGCACAGGUCAUACUGGUUGGCAACAAGUGCGACAUGGAGAGUGAGCGAGUGAUUUCGUUUGAGCGUGGCAAGCAGCUGGCCGAUCAGCUUGGAGUGGAGUUCUUCGAAACUUCUGCCAAGGAGAAUGUCAACGUGAAGAACGUCUUCGAGAGACUAGUGGAUAUCAUCUGCGAUAAGAUGUCGGAGAGCUUAGACUCCGAUCCGACGCUGGUAGCCGGUGGUCCCAAGGGGCAACGGUUGACGGAUCAACCCGGACAAGGGCCACCGACUGCGAACUGUAACUGCUAAAAGCUUGCAACCGAAUCGGGCCGGUUGGUUUGGGGCUCAUCUUGCCGCGCUAUUGGUUGACAUCAGCACCAAGAGGCAAAUAAGGGAAAGAUAGAGAGACAGCGAGAGGAAGGGGAGCCGUAAAACAAACACACAAAACAGUGAAACAUCCACACAGGCACUUGUUAUUGUCUCGUAAACCUAGAACAAACAAACAACCAAAUACACAACCAAAAAAAAAAACAAACAAAACUAAACCGAAUCCACGGAUGGUUCUCCGCCAGGCAGCGGCGAUCGAGCAAACGAACGAACGAACGACGGAUAUAGAAAACCCAUGGACCCAUUAUCUUAAUUCUAGGGCUAAGCGUGGCCUCGGAGAUGUUUGGAGCGCUGACAAAGUUUUGCUUGGGAUGCCAGUGGAACGGUGGCACGGACGCCCGGCCCAGUGCGAAGUAAAGCGGGCAUUGUAAAGUUUGUAGUCGGUAACAAAAAACGCCCUGCGAAACAGGAAAUUGCCGGGGUGCAUUUGGAGUAACGAGUACACGGGUGCCGAACAGUGGAGCGAUGUAUGUAAAGUAUCAAUCGGUACGUGUCACACGAACUAGGACCUUUGCUGCAGCGGACCAGUUUCGCAGUGCAGUGCAGUGUGCAGCAAAUCCAACACGCGGACAGCAAACAAACAAACAAAAGAAACCGAAAGAAACAAUACACAAAUCGAACGAUUAUUAGAAAUUAUCCCGUAAUUUAACGAAAGUAUAACUUCAGUAAAAGCAGAAAUAUUCAUAUCGCAUAAAAUCGCAAAAAGAAAUAAUAUAUUGAUCGUCAUUAUAUGUAGCCAUGGGUUAUUGAUUUCGCUGGACACAAAAAAAAGAGAGAGAGAACAAAAAGAGGCAGCCACCGUUCCUACUAUUCUGGCCGUGGGAAAUCCGUUCAAUGGCGGCGCUGACGGAUCAUUUCGGUUGAGCUUCUGCACUACGCGAAGGGUGAUCGUGGCGGUCUUUAACUGAGGUGAGGUGCAUUCCCGUUCAGAACGGUUUUUCGGUACGGUAACUGAUCAGCUUUCGAGCAAGCUAGACAAGAACCGAGGCUGGUGUAAAGAUGGAGACCCCCCACGAAACGAAAACGAGCAGAAAAGGUCAGGCCGGAUACAGCAGGGAGUUUGAAUUGUGUAGAAACGUUGUUUUUAGCGAUUAGCGACAAUAAGUAUAAGUGGACAAGUAUGGCGUAACCGGUGUGGUUUUGGAUAAACACAACACGACACCACGAUCCAACCACACCACAACUCAUGGCACGUGAUCGGAAGUAGAACACAAGCGGCAGCGGAAUACGGUGGCCAGCGUCAGGUGAACAUACUAGGGCUGCGGCUUUGGAAUCCACACCAACAUACACCACACUUCAACAACCAAUAGUUUCUCCAAACAAUCGAUCCAUCCAUCGAACGCAAAAGAAACAGUAUUACAGCGGACAGGGUGAGAGAGAGAGAGAGAGAGAGAGAGAGAGAGAGAGAGAGUGUCGCUGGUAAACAACCAAAGAGUCCAUUAUCUAUCAUACUUUUUACCCUUUUUCUAUUUAAAUCUCUCUCUCUCUCUCUCUCUCUCUCUCUCCCGCUCUCGCUCUCAGAGAGUGUGAACUCUCUAUCAAUCUUUCUCACGUCCGUCGCUCGUUUCCACAGUUUUAUCCCAGUACGGCGCUUAGUACAAAGUUUGUAGGAACAGCCGGUUCACGCUUCCGUUUUUACAGCAUUUGUUCCGCAAACCUGUCAGCAGGUGCAUACCUUACGAGCGCACCUUAACCGCACAUUUAAUGUUUGCGCAGCGAUUGGGCAAAGUCAGUAGGUCCUCUAGAGGGCCGGAGAUUUUACGGAAAUUAGUCAAUUGAACAGGCGAGGCGAGGCAUUCGAGAUAUGUACUUUGUAUGUAAUGUGUCCCCGUUAUCAUCAGCAUCAGCGCAACAUCAAUGCGGUGGUCACACCAUCGUGUUGCCGCGUGAUGAUCAUGAUCAUUUAAAGCAGUUCAUGCGGUAGACGAGAUGUGUAGAAUUUGAUUUUAAGCUGCACACGCACACACAUCCACACACAUAAACACCCACAUACAGUGCAGAUUGAUGGCACCACGAUCAUGAGCGCAGAGCGCACCGGCAAAUGCCGCUUGUUCGAGGACGAGUUAGGACAAAACCCAUGAUUAAUCUUAUGCUACAGUACAUCAGUGUUACUCGGCAAUCAUCGUGUAAAUGUUAUGCGUUCAUGUUGUCAAAUCGAACAUUUUCAAUCCGUCAAAAUCCGGGUUCGACAUUUUUUGCAUCUACAUGUGCCUAUACCAGAACCAGCAACGGCUGAUGAGCGCAUGGUAGUGAAUGUUCAGCAGCGUUUUGCAAAGUAUCCCUUCAAAGUAUCCCCAUUAUUCCCCCCGGUUAUGAGUGUGAGUGUAGCACGGUGUAAUAUAUCCAUCCGAUUGGCAAGCUGGGUUUGGACUGUACUGUAGGACGAGUAAUCGGGCAGCAGGCAGCAGGUCAAUCUUUUGUCCUUCUGAGCUUGACCAUGUUUCGAUUGGCACUGGGCUAGCAUAAUCGAUGAAGCUAGCAAUAGCGCUUUACACAUAUCUCAUUUUGCAGUUCAUUCCGAGCUGUUCAACAGUUGGUACGAACGAACGAACGAACGAACGAACGAAUUACCAUCGACAUGAGAGCACAGUUUAUCUUCCCAUUCCCACGAUCCAGCUCUUUCAGCUGCAGGCUAGCAUUCAGUGAAACUAUUCUUGAAAGCUCAUUCACGAAAAAGUGCAGUUUUUUCCGCAACACUUUACAUCCAUCGCCCUCGACUAUGAAUUGUUGUUCAAACCGUUUAUUCGUUGCCUGAGCGGUAACGAUAUCAUUAUUCACUUUGUCGAUUCAACUCUCCGUUUGCACAUACUUACCACCUCAGACUAACAAUAAAUGCAAACUCUCAAGAAUGGAUACGUUUACGAAAUUCUUAAAUAAAACGAAGCCUGUAAACAUAGUGCAAUCAAAUAAGCAGCAGCAGCAGCAGCAGCAGAAGCAGUGUCAGAUUUCCUCAAAAAUCAGUAAAAUAUAAAGCAAGUCGUAAACGAAUCGAAACCUAUCGAUAAGAAACCCAGAAUACGAAACCCACACCAGUCCCACAUAACACACAUAGCAUUACACUCUGGCGACUGAAGAAGGCAAAACGAACCAGUUGGGAAUGGGAAGACGAGAGGAAAAGCCCAAACAAUAUAAGUAAAAAAAAAAAAGAAAUGCGAAAA